GCGCCUUCGGGGACGCGGGGGGAGAGGGGGCGGCACCGCCGGACAGCGGCACCAUGUUUCUGCCCACCUUCUACUUCGUCCUGCCUCUCCUGGACGCCCUCUCGUCCGCCGAGGUGAGCGGCGGGGAUCGGCCGGACUGCGUGAGGGCCAGCGACCAGUGCCUGAAGGAGCAGAGCUGCAGCGCCAAGUACCGGACCCUGAGACAGUGCGUGGCCGGCAAGGAGACCAACUUCAGCCUGGCGUCCGGCCUGGAGGCCAAGGACGAGUGCCGCGGCGCCAUGGAGGCGCUCAAGCAGAAAUCCCUCUACAACUGCCGCUGCAAGCGGGGCAUGAAGAAGGAGAAGAACUGCCUGCGGAUCUACUGGAGCAUGUACCAGAGCCUGCAGGGAAACGACUUGCUCGAAGAUUCCCCGUAUGAACCAGUUAACAGCAGAUUAUCAGACAUAUUCCGACUAGUCCCAAUCAUAUCAGAUGUUUUCCAGCAAAUGGAGCCGGUCAUUUCCAAGGGAAACAACUGCUUGGAUGCAGCCAAAGCCUGCAACCUGAACGAUACCUGCAAGAAGUACAGGUCGGCAUACAUCACGCCCUGCACCAGCAGCAUGACCAAUGAAGUCUGCAACCGGCGAAAAUGUCACAAGGCCCUCCGGCAGUUUUUCGACAAGGUGCCUCCGAAACACAGCUACGGGAUGCUCUUCUGCUCCUGCCGGGACGUGGCCUGUACCGAGAGGAGGCGACAGACCAUCGUGCCCGUGUGUUCGUACGAGGAAAAGGAGAAGCCGAACUGUUUGAAUUUGCAGGAGUCUUGCAAGACAAAUUACAUCUGCAGAUCUCGCCUUGCUGAUUUUUUCACAAACUGCCAGCCUGAAUCGCGGUCCGUCAGUAGCUGCCUGAAGGAAAACUAUGCCGACUGCCUUCUUGCCUACUCCGGGCUUAUUGGUACCGUCAUGACGCCCAACUACAUAGACUCCAACAGCCUGAGUGUGGCUCCAUGGUGUGAUUGUAACAACAGUGGCAAUAAUUUAGAAGAAUGCCUGAAAUUUCUGAAUUUCUUCAAGGACAAUACAUGCCUUAAAAACGCAAUCCAAGCUUUUGGCAAUGGCUCGGACGUCAAUGUGUGGCAGCCGAUCCUGCCCGUCCAGACUACCACGGCGACAACUACCACAGCCUUCAGAGUCAGGAGCAACAAAUCCCAGGGCAACCCGGGAUCAGAGAACGACAUCCCCACCCAGAAUGAUUUACCCCCAUGUGCAAAUCUACAGGCACAGAAAUUGAAGUCCAAUGCAUCUGGGAACACGCAUCUCUGUCUUUCUGAACGUGAUUUUGAGACCACCCGGCACAUGUCGACAGAUUCGUUCGCAGUGCCCUUGAGCUUCAAUAAAAGCCUGCUGCUGGUUCUGGUGGCUACAGUCCUGUCCGUCCUUUGGUCCUCACCUUUGGCAGAAACAUUGUAGCUGCAUUCAAAAGGGACGUGCCGAAAUACGAAACAACCAGUUCUCCGAUUCCUGUCCUCUGUUGUUUAUUUGUAAGGCCAGUUGUUUUAGGAGCUAAGUUGAAGCACCCUGCUGAAACGGUUUCGGACAACUGGAAUAUAUUUUUUUUUUAAUUAAAGAAAGCUUCUUGUGAUAUUUAGGGGCUUCUGUGAAAUACCUGAUGCAGUGCUACAUUCCAAACCCAGAGGCUUUUGGGCGUGCAGUAUUCUAAAGAGACUGUGAGUCAAUUUGGCCAUAAAGCAACCUAGUAUUUUUUAUUUUUCUAAUUUUAAUUCUGGCCUCUACUGCAAGGGAAUAAGGUCAUCUCCCCAAGAUCUUAUGAUCUACUUUAAUGUUUUUGAUUUCCCGUUAAGUGAACGUCAGAUUAAUAUGGGUGCCAGUUUUGUCACAGUGGACUUUCUGACAACAUGCUCAUUGGAUAGAUUGCUACUGAUGUUAAACUUUCUCCACGUAUCUGCAUUCUCCGUACUGUUUAUGUACUGUAAGUGGUUCUGCAUCCUGAAGUGCAAAAACAGUGUCACAUACAGAUGUAUUGUAUGUCUUUCAGUUAAAAAUCUCAUAAAAAGUGUUUAAAAACUGCUAACAGUACAUUUAUCGUUUAAAUACACUUAUCUAAGCCUUACAUGGGUGAAAAUUCCUUAAACUAACAAGACUCAAACAUAGUGGAAGCUUAAUGCUAAUAAUCUUUACAUUUAUGAGAUUAUACGUAGAAACAAAUUUUACUAAAUGGUUUCAACUGAUGGCUUUCUAUACCUUCGAUGUAAUAAUACGGUCGUCAUUUUUUUACUGUUGGUUUAAUACAAACCACAUGGAAUUUAUUUUCCACUAAUAAAAAAACGUUACCUUGCCUAUAUUAACACUACAAAUGUAAACUCUUUGAAAGCAAAGUUACAUUAUGCUUUAGCAGAAAACCCUCCAUCACAUCAUUGAAGACAGACAAGAGGACAAAAGAAAUGCGGAGGUUAGAUCACUUACUAUUUCUUAAAAUGCUAGAACUCACUAUUAGACGGAGAUCAGUCCGGUUUUAAAGUGAUGCAACAUUACAAAUGGCUGCACUGCCAUUUUUCCUCAUUCAAUCCCUUAGGUUUUCACUCAUUGACAAAGAUGGGCUUUGCUGAGUGGUGAUGAUUUCCUACAGGUGAUUUUUAUGCCUACCCCUAAUGGCUUGGUUACUGUUCUAUAGAGAUCACUUAUUCUGAGUGAUCAACAGUAAUAUGUUUUUGUUGCAUUGCAUUCAUUUUCCAACACUGAGAAAAGCUGAUUCAAAGUAAAUGCUUCAUCACAGUGGUGUACAGUGAAGCUAAUUCAUUCAAGCUAGCUUGAAACAUCAGAACUGCACAGAUGAGUAUCUAGAUUAAGAAAACGUUAACUAGGGAUCCUCAAGUUAUAAACGUCAAUGUCAUUUAAGAGUGGGGGAGGGGGGGAGCAUGAAUCUUAUUAACAAAUAAGUCCAUCUAUUCACCUACUCAUUUUUAUCAUUUUAGUUCUUCUCAAGCUAUUAAAACCAGUGCAGGGAAUGGCUAACAUUUCUUUUUGAGGUCUAGGUGUGCGAUGUAAAGGAUACUCUGACAUAAUGCUGGGAUCCUGGGUUCCUCUAUAAAAUACCAUCCCACCUUCCAAGGCUAAGAAGUUCCUAAGUGCUUCCAAAUUUGGCUGAGGGACUUUGGAGAAGAAAUCUAUAGGCUAUCAUUUCUGACAUAGUCUCUUGUGCAUGCUGCUUCUUUCCUAGUAAGAAGUAAUCAAAUUAUUGGGAAACCGCAGCAAGGUUAAAAAAAAAAACUGUUAGAACCGAGUUAAAGUCUAAAUCUUUUAUCCCCAAUGGAGAAGACUAUCUUAUAUUACAGUACUAAAAAUGCAUAUACCUUCAAAUUGAAAUUGAUGUUGCCUUUGAAUCAAAAUCACAAAUAUAGAGCCUUCUUUGAUCACUGAAAGUAUCUUAAAGAUGCCAUGUAGCACCAUAAAGUGUAAAAUAUAUUUGGAAUGUUAAAACCCCCAUUAGUAUCUAUUGCCUUGAACAUAUUUUGUUUAAAUUAUAGAAACACUCUGAAUCAUCAUUAAGCUAAUUACAUCUGUCUGAUAGUGUGAUCCACAAUAAAAGCUAUUGAUUAAUUCUGCUGUAAAAAAAACAACUCCAUUAACUUCAGAUGACCAGAAAGGAAAUGAUUGUUAUCAGAUCUAAUGAGGAGAGCCUUGAGUAAUAAACUCAUGGUUGUGAAACAGACAAAUUAUAUUUUGAAAAGCCAAGUCUACAUCUUCAACAAGAAAUGUUACUUUUUUCAGCAAAAAAAUAGAGUGAUCGAUUGCAUCCUUAAUUUUUUUAAUUAAUUGCUGAAAGGUACAGGGGGGAAAUUCCCUCAGUAUCUGACACUUAAUUGAGAUUCCUGCAGAUUUCAGCCAGGUAAAUUCUCCUGGAUUCUUUAUGGCCCAAAGAGGCAAGGAUCCUGUCAGUUUAUCAUUGAGAUAUUGUCAACACAGUCAUCUUCAAGUGACUGGAGGAACCAAUUGACCUGGUAAUUUUUGUCCUAUCUGAUCGGUUGUAUUGAGUGCACUGAAAACAAGUACGAGGGAAGCUCAAGCCGGGACUUCUAGGUUUUGGUCUCUGAGUUUCGUCAGCUGCUAUCUUGGGUAGCCAGUGGCAUUCUAGGCCAUAUACUGUUGAUGGCAAAGGUGACCCCCGAGAUUUCUAUGGCUUGGCCGAUUUUACAUAAUUGUCAAAUUUAGAUGAACCCAGAAUGGAGAAAGUCAAGCUGCCCUAUUUACUUAAAAGAACAAAAUCGGCCAUUGGGUUAAUAUGAUUAGAAGCACAUGUCAAUUUGAUGUUGAGUCUAUUUGACCAAUGUAUGUUUGAGUGUCUCUUUGAUAUAGCACAGAAUGACAAUGAGCAAGUGCACAAUUUAUAGAGGGAUGCAAAGUGCUGACCAUAGACCUAUUUUAACAUGUCUCUUUUUUCCAAGCUGCUAAUGUAAGAAGUAUAGGUUACGAGUCGCAGAGGUUAUUUUUGGUUAAGAGUAACAAACUGUGUGGCGAUACAGAUGGUUAUUUAACUGUGUGGUUUCUAUUGAAAAAUCAAAAGAGCUUUCUUUUGACGUGAACACAGUAUUAUUAGAUGCCAGAUCCGGAAGUUCAUAAAUAACAGCGCCUGCCUCAUUUGAGAACUGUCACCUUUCAUUUGGUCUAUACUGAGCGCUGUUCCUCUCUUAAAUAGUCAGAAAGGGUGGGCAGUCUACAAAAUACCAUGAUUUGCACAUGCCUCUUCGUACUCUAAAUCAGACCACCCCAAACACCCCAUCUGUUCGCCUGAGAAUGUGGGAGCACAGAAGCACUUUGAGUCAGUGUACAUUCUUCAAAGAGCUGCAGGAAAAGUGGGAGUUCGUUUAAUUAGCAAGUUCUUUUCUUAGAAUUCAGCCCCCAAAAUGUAUUUUUUCUGAAGGAACUGAUGGCCCAGGCAGAACAGAGUUUUCUGAAAAGAAGUUCUCAGGCCUGAGCCAGUUACUUGAACCGAUAAGCCAUGGGACAAAAGAGAGCUGUGUGGAUGACAACCUCACAGCUUACAGUGGGCUCUUUGAAGCUAAAGGCCGCACAGGUAAAUUGGCUAAAGAGACAAACUCGCCGCUGUGAGUUGAGUACAGCCGGCACUCUGCAAGAGAGCUAAUUUUCCGGGUCGGAGUGAGAAAACUACUUCAUGGGUGCAAGAAGUCAGACGAUACUGAAGGGAGAAACAGCAGACAGGAGGCAACCAUAGCUGUGUCAGAUGCAUCCAGCUAAAAAGAACCAGAUGAUCUCUUUCAAGACAGGAAGAGAGAGUUGGUGAUGCGACAACACUCCACUGUGCGAUGUCAGUGAGGCCGUUGCUUUUCAUUAUUGAUAAGAUUGAGGCAGUUUCCUUCCAAUCAAAAAACAGAGGCACGGUGUGUUCUUGGAAGUAGAAGUUUUUUUAGGAAGCGGUUUGAGCUCAUAUGGAGGAAACAGGGUAAGUGGCUUCUCGUGCCUAUCUAUCAAAAGAAACUAUUUUGAUCUUAUUAAUUUAAAAGUUUAAUUGUACCUAAACCCUUAGUUUAGGCUAGCCCAGCCACUCCACUCUGGUUUUGUGUCUUUUGAAAGCUAAACAACAUUCACUUCCCUGUUUAAGCAAUUCAAUAAAGCCGAGGGAAAGAUGAUCAAUCAGUGGUAUUUAAUGAGCACUUACCGUGUGCAGAGCACUGUAAUAAGCACUUGGGAGAGUACAGUACGACAGAGUUGGUAGACGUGUUCCCUGCCCACAACGAGUAGCCCAGGAAGGGGAAAGACUAGCCUGACCAAGAACAGCUUAGGGGCACUUGGAAGUCACAAAUGAUCAGUAGCACCUCUUGUCCCUGUCUACUUGAAGCGGAUGAGGUUACAGUGGGAUACAAGGAAGUUCACCAUGACUAUUAGGGAGGAAAUCACCUGGAAAGCAAAGGAUAGUUGUAGUUUUAUCCCUGGAGACGUGGGAAAGAAUGAACACUUCUCUCCAUCCCCACUGGUUAGGUGUUCCCCCACGUGGAGGCAGAGACCAGCACCAGAUGAUCUCUCGAGUUCCUUUCCAGCUUAGUGAUUCUCUGAUUCCAUCUCAAAUCUACUGAACAAGAUUCUUCAUGAUAAAUGAUCUCUAAAAUGCCUUCCCGCAGUAGGGGUUCUAACUGCCCUAGUUAGCCAGUGUCCGGAGAUGCGCUUGGUCCUUAGGUUGUCAUGGGAGUCUUUGGAACUACUUCAUGGAAACAAAUCAUCUCAGCAACUGGCCUCGUGAGGCCAACCAUCACUCAGAACACUUCUAAUCAUGGCAUUCAUUAGCACUAAAUCAGUGGUAACAACAAGGCCGUCAGAUCAGAGAUAUUCUCUGAUCUCUGUGCAUAAUCUAAGAGGGAGGGAGAGCAGGUAUUUGAUCUUCACUCUUAGAGAUGGGGGAACAGAGACACGGAGCUUAAGUGACUUGCCCAAUGCAAGCAACAGACCAGUAGCAGAGCUAGGAUUAGAAUCCCAGGGACAUGAUCUUUCCAAAAGCCACGUUACCCCUUGAAAAACUCACCCACCAACUUGUUUUCUCCUCUUUGCACACAUCAUUGCCAUCUCCUGCCCAUCAUUACUUGUUUCCUUUCCUGACUUUUCUUCCCCUCACUUUCCUGAAUUUACUCUUGAACCCCGAGUCGCUUCCCACAUUUAAAACUGGAUUCCAGAAUCAACCACUGGUCGGUGUUUAACCGUCCCCGAAUUGGUCGUCGCCACGUGGCUGGAUGGACUCCUCCUGCCCCUCCCCCUUGGCCACUGCUUCCGGCCCACAGCGUCCCCAACGCCAUGUCACUUCAGGCUUUUCUUUUUAUUCCUUCUGCCUCUCGUUACAUCUUUCUCCUGGGAGUCGGCCCCACUCCUUGGGACCUGCUGGGCAAAGGAGGUGUUCUCAGGAGGGCCAAAGGACGAUAUCAGGCAGGCCUCUUCGUCGUAGGGACUGAAGGGAAAAGAGCCAAGAUUGGCCACAUUCAUCUCAAUAGACGAAGGAGAAAACCAAAAACCGCAACGUGUUGCCCUGCAGCCAAAUCCUCCGUCCCCGAAGGGCCCCGUGCUCAUCUGACCGGCGCAGCUGUGACUGCUGCAGGUGCCAGGACCAGUGCCUUGUCACACUGCCAUGUAGAACCUACUUUUGCCCAGAUGCAUCUGCCAAAUGUUAGGCUCAGUAUCAAUGGGGAUCGGCUCCAGUUUUUCUGCUCUUAAUCCUGCCGCUACAAUUCCUUAUCCUCCACUGAUUUCUGUUGCCUGGGAUAGGAGCCGGCUCUUUUCCUCACCUGUGACACCGGCAAAAUGAAAUGGCUUUGCAUAUCCACAGCCCUGCGCUCAUGCUUGGUGUCCAAUCUCCACCUCCUAGAAAAGUGUGGGGGGCAGGAGGGAGGGGAUUUUGAGGCCCCAGCAGGGUGGCCUUAGCAGGCUUGCAAGCCGGAUAAUUUAAAUCAUGAUUGAAUCUUUUCACCCUGAGCUCUAGGUUUAAGGGGUGAGUUAUCGGAGGGGAUUGGCAUUUAAGUUGGUAUUCUCUAUUUUGUCCUCUUGGUUUGCCCCUGAAUUGUUGUAAACAGUAACUUGCACAUGGAGAUAAAAAUAACACGGCAGAGUUGCUCACCCACUCGAAUCCAGCAGUAUCCAAAUGGGAGGCCCAGGGCCCCAGACUUGUAGGGGCUGCCAGUCAGCCUGCAUCAGAGUAAGAUCCUCGAGGGCAAGGAUGAUGCCUUCUUACUCAAAUGCGCUCUCCCAAGCGCUCAGUGCAGUGCUCUGCACACAGUAAAUGUCAGGAAGGAAUGAAGAAAGAAGCGAGUCCUCUCAGAGUCAGAGAUUAGCUGUUGGGUACCUGCUUCCAAACCCAUCACUCUGUUGGCUUUACUGUAAAUUGCCCCAAGGGAAAUUAAAGUGGUGAUAGGGAACUCCCUCAGUCCUCACCCGCAUCAUUCUUUCACUUGACAACCUAAAGCGGACAGUCCCAACCGUGAAUGAGCUCCCCUCGACCCAAACUGGAACCCCCUGGGAGCCCCAGGAGAUGACUUUUGAACAUGCUAUUACACCCAGUCUGAGGACAUUCAGUAAUCUUAGAGCUCUGGGAUGGCUGACUUGCUUGCUACCUUUUGCCAGACAUUAGAUUCCCUUCUUAAAUGAAAAAUGAUGAGAAAAAGAUUUCCAGAGAUUCAUCUUCUGACAAACUAGCCCAUCCCAGCUGGCAAGCUCCCAGUCCCACACCUGAUAGGCACAGAACAAACAAAACUGAGCUGAUGUUUGUGCCUCUAGCUCACUCUUUGCUGGCCUUCAAGAAGAAAAACUACUAAAAAAAAAUCUACUGUGCUUAGCCUUCAGGAAACUCAAGCUCUUUCAAGCAAAUCCAGUGGAGUUAGAUGCUGAAACCAUAAGGUAAAGUUUAGGAUAUGAUCUUUGUCAGAUCAGGAUAUUUUUAUUUAUUUUUACCUCAAGGUAGGUCAGGAGAGUUAGAGUGAACUGAAGCAGAAAGUCUAGAGUCCUAAAAUAAUGUAUCCAAGUGCUACUUAGGUGAAGAAUCCUAAAGAUGAUAAAGUAUUGAGAAAUUGGUCCACUCUCUUAGAAAACAAGAGCAGGUGGGGAAAUAGUUUCUUAGGUGUUACUGAAAAUUUAGCCAAAGCCAAAAUAUUAAGGCUUUUCUUUCCAUCAACCUGUGAGACCAUUGAAUUCCUGUCGGAGUGUUGGAAUGUAAGAUGUAUCCUAACAAAGCUCACGAGAUUAAAACUCCAUAUGCCAUUACCCAGUCAGAAGAAUGAUCACAGACUGCAGCUAGUGUACAAUCCUGUGCUAUCUCCCUGUUUGCAGAGGGUGGUCUGAUCUGGGAUCCAGUUUUCAUUUUUCAGCAUUUUCAGAAACCCUGUCUGAUGGAAAGAGACAAGGAGAAAUAUGGCACCAAAUUACAAAUUAUCUUGCCUUAUUAAGCUGUGAGCUUCUUGCUGUAAUCAGGCAUUUUCUGGUGAAGACAGUGGAGCUGACUCUUUUGGGAAGGUUGUAGGAAUGAUUUUAGAGAGCUCUAUUAUAGAUAAUUCUAGGUUUCGUGAUUGUCUAUCUUUCUUUCCCCCAUAAUGGACUUGGUUCUAGGAUUUGCUUAAUGGGGUCUACCCAGCACAGUAUGCACCAUCGUUUUAGGUUGAAAUGAUUAUUAUCUUUGUCGUGCUAAGUAGCAGGGGGAAUGGCAUUGUUUUGUUUGUGCCUGAUGCGCUUGCCCACGUUGGGGUUAGUUCUGCUCAGUGGAAGUGGAAAAGAAAUAUGUUCGAGGAAGAAUUGGAUGGGAAGUCACAACUUCCGCUAUGUCCUCGUGGAGCUAGGGAAGUCUUAGAAUUUCAGGGUCUAGUGGGUAGGCGGCCCUAGAUAGAACUGACGCUUUUGCUUUUGACUGUGAACCGAACUUCCUGAGAGGAGCUUCCUCCGUCGCUUGCUUUCUGAUUUCUGUUCUACCCCACUCACCUACCUCUGCUUCUGCCGUUAGAGGAAUUCAUCAUGCAGCUAUCUUGUUGUAGUGUGUCUAUUCUAUCCCCACUCUAGAAUUAAGUCCAGUUCCUGGGGGUUGUUAUGUACAGAAUCCAUCAGAGCCACUUGCCAACACAAGAAAGGACUAAAGACUUUGCUGUUUGAACUGUCUGGACUUUGGAAGUGAAUUUGUGAUGUUUGGAUUUUCUGAUAGCAUAAUGCUCAUGCACCACACAUUGUAUAUAUCCCCUCCUCCCCAUCCCAAAGUACCCUAAUAAACAUUGUUUUCUUUUUUAAAAA